AUGAAGAGAUUCGGCAUUGCUUCACGUGAGACCGGCCAUGGCUCUACCGCAUCCUCUCCAUUCGACAGUGAUCGUCCACGCUCAGUAGCCGCCACUCACGAUCUCAACAAUGCCACCGGUCUCAGCCGCAUCUCCAACGCCUUCGUUCCACGCAGUACUCUCCGCCGCAGCGACACUUCCCCAGUCCAACGCCAGAACUCUUUUGCUACGCGCCUCGCCAGCUUCCGCCGGCGCUACGGACCCAAUGGCAUCCGCUCAGACUCCCCAUCGAUCAGCCAGCCAACUGAUGUGAGGCUCGUUCAGGGUGGCUCACCUGUCAACUACAUCACCUCCAAGGGAUCGUCGCCCCAGACAGCAGCCACCUCGCCAAACUACUUCGUCCCUGGCCGCUCUAGCUCACUUGGCUUCACACGCUUCGAUGACUUGCCUCCAAGUCCGCUUGCUAGCCACCCAGUCACUGCCGAGGACUUCCAUUCUGUGACUUCGCGCAAUGCUGAUGAGAAGCACUUCCGCUGCACCAUCCACGUUUACGAUGGCAACAGCUACCGCGAUACGGAGCUGAAACUCAAGGGCAUGGUCGCGGAGGCUGGAGGGAAGAUGCUUGACACGACUCAUCGCUGGCCAGGAGGAUUCUUCUACAGCAUGGAGGGUGCGCUUGGUGACAACCCGCUGGAGGAUGGAACUGAGUGCCCAGGCGGUGGACGCAUCGGCGUCAUCCCAUUCGACCUUUCUGAGCCGGUGUCAUUCAAAGGUACCCGUAGCGGCAUGAUGCGCGCCAAGGUGGUGGAGAUUCCACCACGCGCUGAAUCGCGCGUCUAA